GUUAUUAUUAAGCUUUUUAUAUAGGCCUAUGUAUAUUGAACGUCACCUAUGGUUUGCAGGUCAGAAAACCACCACAAGUGUUUUUAAACGAAGAAAGCCAUUAUACUACUCGCCUAAAAGACAAUAUGCUGUGGCGGUCAUCUCCCCUAUGCAGAAAAAUGACAGUCGGGAACCUGAUGAUAGAACUCUGGAAGCAUCGCCUGCUCAUGGCAUCAGAUUUGAAGAAACCACCUUUGGAAGGUACAGAGGAGAAAAUGGACAUGUGCAUGAAAGGCGGAGGCGUUCUACAAGGUUUAAGCCUUUUUCUUUCGAUGAAUUUGAUGCUGCUCGGAGAGUUCACCGUGAAAUGAGACUCCAAGAGAUGCGUCAGAUGCAAGAUCAAUGGUGCACCACAUUUAAAGCUCAUCCUGUGAGAAGAUACAAACCUCUUGUUCAGCCUCCAACACACUUCCCAAGCUCUGAACAAUCAAAAUAACAUGCAAAAGAUGUUUGUG